CAUCGUUUUCUCCAGCAAAACUAGCCAGCAGUUGCUGAAUCUUUUCAUGCCUCGCCAGUGCUUUCUUCAAUGUGAUCCGAUACACAGUAUGGACAGACUUUUAUUUCUGUCCCCGGGAAUGUGUUAAUCACAAUAUUGUGUUGCCUCCAACAUUUCCCUCCACGAAAUAUUUGCCAAUUUCACUCUACAUGAUUGUGGGUAGUGUUUGAAAAAUAUUUUCUAUCGUUGGGCUGAGGAAGUGUCUGCCUAAAUCCCGAGUACUUCGAGACUUAAUUAAUUUAGUGAGGAUAUUAAUCAGUGUAUUUUAGUUCAAAUGGCUCUAAAGUGGCAAUUCGUUGCUGUGUUUCUGGUCAUGGAACUGUCUAGUCUUACAAAUGGCCUCACAUUAGCAACUUCAAGAAUUAAGCGGCAACAUGGCUGUGGAGAUUUUGAUUUUGUUUGCGAUGAUGGCACCUGCAUCGAUGAUCUUUACCGGUGUGAUGGGAAAACUGAUUGCCCCGAUGGAUCCGAUGAAACAGGGGCUUGUCGGCAACUAAAGUGCCCCAAGUACGCUUUUCAAUGUGCCUAUGGAGCUUGUGUCGAUGGAGCAGCCGAAUGUGACGGAAAGAAAGACUGCGUAGAUAAUUCAGAUGAGCUGACGAUCAAAUGUCCGGGAGUUCUGGAGUAUCUCAAAGAUAGAGGCAACUGUUCUGAGGGAUACCGUCAAUGUCGAUCCGGUGAAUGUGUAUUCGAAGAUCAACUUUGCAAUGGAAAACAGGAUUGUGCUGAUGCAUCAGAUGAAUCCCUAGCUAGGUGCUUUAAUUACUAUUGUCCUCCCUAUGCCUUUAAGUGCGACUAUGGUGCUUGCGUGUCUGGUGAUGCAAAGUGCAAUGAUGAAUACGAUUGUUUUGACGGAUCAGAUGAGACUGAGCAGCUAUGCGGGAAGCCUCCACCACCAAAAGAAACUACACCCCGACCACGUCCUGAUACUUCUAUUCAACCUCAACCUGAUGGUACGUGCAGAGCUCCUACGUUCACAAUAGGGCGAAUGUAUGAUACUAACAACGCAGAGAUCUUCCCUGGACAAAUUAUCUCAAAUGGUCAGAUCGUCAGAUUCCGUUGCAGUACAUCACGACUCAUAGGUUCUGAGGAAGUUUAUUGCAUCUCAGGAGAAUUUUUGCCUUCAGUUCCUAAAUGUUCCCGAUCCUGCUCAAAUGUUCCACUCAAUACACUCAGCGUGAAAGCUACGUGUGAAACAGCAUCAGGAGAUCCUAUCCCUUGUUCAUCGCAAUUGCCACCAGGCACUGUGGCAAAUCUAAAAUGCAAACAAGGCUACAUUAUGCCAAGAGAGUUUGUUCAGACUAGAACGAGAUGUGAAGACGAUGGUAAUUGGAGUACCCAUAUCUUCAAAUGUGAUCAAGUUUGUGGUAUCAUUGAGGAAGGAUUUGCUUUCGUCAGUGGUGGAAAGGAAACUAAUAUUACGCAGGUACCCUGGCAAGCGGCAAUCUAUGAGCGUCAAAACGGCCGUUAUAACCAAAUCUGUGGAGGCAGUAUCCUAACAGCUACUGCAAUAGUUAGCGCAGCUCAUUGUUUCUGGGACCGGCAAAACAGCAAAAAGAGAGAUCCUGAGUUCUAUCAAGUGGCUGUUGGAAAGACACUUCGGGAUUACUACGCUGCAGAAAGUGGCGUACAAUUUUUCAAUGUGACUCUAAUAGACAUUUAUGAUCAAUACAAUGACUACGAUGGGCUUUAUCAGGCAGAUGUUGCAGUGUUAGUCCUUCAGUCACCUAUUAUCUUCAAGACUUACAUUAAGCCUGCGUGCCUAACUCCGGCUAUCAUUGGAAAUGAAAAGUACAUCACUUCUGGCUUGGAGGGUCGAGUUGCCGGAUGGGGUUUGACCCAAGAGAAUGAGUACAGCCCAGUUCUGAAAAUGUUGGACCUUCUUACAGUCGGCUUUCAUGAAUGCCGAAAGCGAGCAAGUGAGACAUUCAGGAAUUUUAUAACAGCCGACAAAUUUUGUGCCGGAAAUCCUGACAAUAGCAAUGUUUGUCAAGGAGACAGUGGAGGGGGUUUCCUACUACCACAGAUCCAAAUAGUUAAUGGUAAGAGUCAGAGAGUUUACUACCUUCGCGGUAUUGUAAGCAUAGGUUCAGGCCGAGGAAUUGAAUGCUACGCCAAUAAGUUUACUGCCUUUACUGACAUUCAAUACGUCUUGCCAAUUUUUAACAAGUACCUUCCUUAAAAAAAGUAAUCUUUUAGUGAAGGAUACGUACGUUUCUGCAUAUUGCUGUGAUGAUCAUUCAUCUUAGCCUGAAAAGAAGAAAAGAAAGACAUAAAAUCAGUCACUGAAACACUAUAAAUCCUAAAAUAAAAAUUAAUAAAAAUCAUAGAGAUAAAUCAAUAAACUAUAAACGAAAAUAAAAUUAAUAAAAGCUAUGUAAAA